AUGCAGGCGCGCCGCCUGGCCAAGCGCUCCAGCCUGGGCGGCCGCCGCGGGGGCCCCGCGCUGCACCCGCCGGGCCCGGCGCCCGAGAACGGGAGGCCGCCGCUGCCCCCGCCGCCUCCCCGGAGCGCGGGGACCGGGCCCCCUCGGGCCGCCGGGGCCGCCGCGUCGCCCGUGCUGCUGCUGCUCGGCGAGGAGGACGAGGACGAGGAGGGCGCGAGCCGGCGGCGGCGGGGGCUCGGGCGGGUGCCAGAGAAGCCCCGAGGGGGCGCGGAGGAGGACGAUGACGACGACGAGGAAGACGACGAGGAGGGGGUCAUCGAGGUGGUGGACGGCGACGACGACGAGGAGGACGGCGAGGAGCGCUUUCUGCCCCUCGGCCCUGGCCGCGCGGUGCCCAGGGGCUCGGCCCGGGGCGCGUUGAAGGUGGGAAGCAUUAAGCGGGAAAUGACCUUCACCUUUCAACUGGAGGACUUCAAGCGGGACUCGAGUAAAAAAAUGUCUCAUCAGCCCUUGUUCCCCUUGGCCAUGGAGGAGGACGUGAGAAUAGCAGACACCAGAACAGCCAACCGGCCCCUCGACCAUGACAAAGAGAACACCCGCUCCGUCUGUCUCCUUGAGCAGAAGCGGAAAGUUGUUUCUUCCAACAUCGAUGUUCCUCCAGCAAGGAAAUCCUCGGAGGAACUGGACAUGGACAAGGUGACGGCAGCAAUGGUACUCACCAGCCUGUCUACCAGCCCUCUGGUCCGCAGCCCUCCUGUGCGGCCGAACGAGGGCCUGAGCGGAUCCUGGAAGGAGGGCGGCGCCCCGUCCAGCAGCUGCAGCAGCGGCUACUGGAGCUGGAGCGCCCCCAGCGACCAGUCCAACCCGUCCACGCCGUCGCCGCCGCUGUCCGCCGACUGCGCCAAGCCCUUCCGCAGCCCCGCGCCCGACGACGGCAUCGAUGAGGCCGAGGCCGGCAGCCUGCUCUUCGACGAGCCCAUCCCCAGGAAAAGAAAGAACUCCAUGAAGGUGAUGUUCAAGUGCGUCUGGAAGAACUGUGGGAAGGUGCUGAGCACCGCAGCUGGCAUCCAGAAGCACAUCCGGAGCGUCCACCUUGGGCGUGUUGGGGACUCGGAUUACAGCGAUGGCGAAGAGGACUUCUACUACACAGAGAUCAAGCUCAACACAGACUCCGUGGCCGAUGGCCUGGGCAGCCUGGCCCCAGCUUCGCCCUCCCAGUCCCUGGCUUCACCGCCCACCUUCCCCAUCCUGGAUUCAAGCCGCACAGAAACCCCUGGUGCCAAAACGGAGACUAAGCUGAUGACGCCCUUGAGCCGCUCUGCCCCCACCACCCUCUACCUCGUGCACACCGACCAUGCUUACCAGGCCACGCCCCCCGUGACCAUUCCAGGAUCAGCCAAGUUCACCCCCAAUGGCAGCAGCUUCAGCAUCUCCUGGCAGUCUCCUCCAGUUACCUUCACAGGCAUUCCAGUGUCGCCGACACAUCACCAUGCCGGGGGCGCAGGUGAGCAGAGACAGCACAAUCACACGGUUUUGUCCUCCCCGCCCAGAGGGACGGUCAGCCUAAGGAAGCCUCGGGGCGAGGGCAAGAAGUGCCGGAAGGUGUACGGCAUGGAGAACCGCGACCUGUGGUGCACGGCCUGCCGCUGGAAGAAGGCUUGCCAGCGCUUCCUGGACUGAGCCCGCCGGCCUGGCCCGUCUGCUCUGCCC